UCACCCAGACGUAAGCGAGGAGAGCAUGACUGUGCAGUGGGAACCUGCAGCUAGGGAGGAGCCCGAUGGGUAUUGCAUUUUGCUCCGACCGCUGACCGUUGGCGGCUCACCCAGGGAGUUAUGGGUGAAUGACUCACUCAGCAUCAAACUGAGUAUGCUUGUUCCUGGAGGGACGUAUGAGGUAGGCGUGACUGCAGUGAAGAAUGGGAACAGGAGUGAGGCGAACACCAUCGUCCAGACGUUGAAGCCAGAAAGAGUCCAGAUCGUGGUUCCGUACGAAGAAAAUACCUAUUCUGUGGUCCUGUAUGUCCGGAAACCUGCUGCUGGUGUGUUCGAUGGCAUCACAGUUGUCUAUGGGAGGCACAGCAAGUCGAUGGCUUUGCAGGAAGGUGACACCAAGAUUGUCAUUGAGGGCCUAAUGCCUGGCACCGAGUAUGAGUUUGCUGUGUAUUCUAAGAGUAGGAACAUGACCAGCGCAGCAUACCAGGUCUUAGGUGUCAAAACAUGUCUGGCUCCACCCACAAACCUCCGUGCUGGAGCAGUGACUGACACAACCAUAGAAAUCCUGUGGAACGAAGCAGAGGGGAGCCGUCAGAACUAUGAAGUGAUCUGCGCCAACUGUGCUGAAGCUGUCUUGGUUCAGAAGGUCACAGACACACGAGCCAUGUUUACCAACCUUCUGCCGGGAAAAGUAUUUAACUUCUCAGUGCGGACGGAGAAGGAGUCAUUCAAAGACAGCCCACAGGUGUUCUGUCAAGUAAGAGCAGCACCAAGUGCAGUUGAGCAGCUGGCCAUUAGUAAGACUUCAACAUCUGUGAUGGUCAGCUGGCCUGAGACUGUGGGUGUUGUCGAUGGCUUUGUUGUGUCCAUCACAAAUGCUACGUUCAAGCAGCAGAAAAGCCUCAAUGACACAACUGAAAGAAGCCACUGGUUUGACGGUCUUUCCCCUGGGAGCAGCUACAGAAUUACCAUUGUCAGCAAGAGUGGAAGGAGUAUGAGCCACCCAACUGCUGUCAAUGUGACAACAACUCCUGCAGUUCCUGAGGAUGUGACCUUUGUGGAGCAGGAUGGAGACUCUGUGUAUGUCACCUGGAAGCCACAGGGAUAUGUCGACGGGUAUAGGGUAGCUUAUAGGUUGCUGGAGAAUGAAAAAGCCCUUCAUGAACACACAGUCCAUGAACAUAGUACGAGAAUGAAGGAUUUGAUCCCUGGAGCAGAGUAUCAACUCGACAUACAGGCCUUCAAAGGAGCAGAGUAUAGUGAAGUGCUUUCAGUGCAAAUUACAAAAGGUCCAGCCAGGGUGUGUUCCCUUUCUCUUGCACACAUUAACGUCUCUUCAGCCACCGUCUCAUGGGAGGCCGGUGUCGGACAGUUUGACCACUACAGGCUGACAGUACACAAUGGCUCUGUGGGUCAGGUACUCACGUUGUCCAGAGAGAGCUUGGGCCACACUCUGUCCGGCCUUUUGGAUGGCUGUCUGUACAAUAUUACCGUGGACCGGGUCAGGAACGGGGUCGCCGGAGCAUCCGCCUUUUUGACGUUCCGCACAGAACCAGCGAACCCAAAAGGGCUGCGAGUCGCUAGUGUCUCUUCCAACAGCUUCUCGCUGCGCUGGGCCGCUCCCGUUGGAUGUGCACAACAACACAUGGUGAAGCUGUCCCCUAGCCAGGGCGUGGUCACUUUCCACAGACUGGAAGAUGGUGAAAUCCAGGCCAAUGUUUCAAGCAUCACACCAGGGACUUCCUACACGGUGAUGGUCACCGCAGUCGCCUCAUCUGUCUCCAGCUCCCCAGUUACUCAGAUCGUCACCACUGAUGAAACACCUCCAGGCUCCCCGACCAACCUUCAGGCUGAAGAGGUAAACACCACCUCUGCACUGCUGUCCUGGGGUCCUCCCACCAAGCCCAAUGGCAGGAUCCGCACCUAUGUUGUCCAGUACUGGGAGGUCUGUCCCUGGCCUGACUCCAACUUCACUCAGAUUUGGACCGAGACAGAAAAACCAGAACUCCAUCUGAAUGGUCUCAGCCCUGGGUCUGCAUAUAAGAUCAAGGUAGCGGCAGAGAACAGUGCCGGUGCUGGGAUCUUCAGUGACUCCCUGCUUAUCCUGACAAAAGAAGCUCUCCCUGGUGAGGUCACCAACCUCACUGCUUCCUCGUACAAUCACUCCUAUGUCAGCGUGACCUGGUUUUUGCCGUGGCGUACCAAUGGACGGAUCACCAAGUUCUCCAUCAGAGCCAAUCGCGCUGAUACGAAUCUGACUGUCCAGAGCCUGGAGAUGUAUGCAGAGAAUGCAGCAGCUGUCGCUAUUCCUCACUGUAACAACACCGUGGACCCAUUGAUUGACAGCACUCCUAGCCAUUUAGAGACAUCCUUACCCAGCACCGCCUGGGAUGUGCCCAUCAGUGCCCUGAUGGACCAGCUCAGACCUUACACUACCUACAACAUUGAGGUGUCUGCUUUCACCAGCGAGGGGGAAGGCCCCGUGAGCAGCCAAGCUGUCCUCACACCUGAGUCAGCUCCUGAAGGUCCACCUGUGAACCUGUCUGUGAGGAAUAUCACUCCAAGGUCCUUCUCUGUGUCCUGGGACCCUCCCAUCGUCACCACGGGACCAUUCGGUUACGUCGUUGAGCUCCAGGGGCCAAACGGGCUAAUCUUUAACAACAGGACACUUCAUGUGCAGCUGGCCUGCUUUGGUUUGAUGCCCUACACAAACUACACCUUGGCUGUGAGGGCCCAGUCUGCUGCAACCCUUGGGCCAGAAGCAAAAAUCAUCGUUUUAACUCCCACAGACGCCCCUGGUGGAGUCAUUGGUUUGUCUGGCACUGCCGUUGAUUCGACGUCGGUCAAGCUGUCGUGGAGCAGGCCCAGCCAACCCAAUGGAAUCAUCACGCAGUACCGGAUCCUGGUUUUAAAUCUAGGCACAGUGGUGCAGGACAUUAUCCUCUUUGGACAAGAGAAGGAUCUCCAAGAAGCAGACAUUGGCACCGAUGGUAUGUUACGAAGUCGUCCCAGAGAUGUUCCCGUUCGAUGGUCUGAACUUGAUGGAGGCUUCUCCAGCUUCACUGCCAGCAUACCCGAGCAGCUUUAUGAAAUGUCCUCCUCGCCACCAUCAUACCUAGCUACAAGCUUCUCCUUCCUGGCUGAAACAAGCUUUGCUAACAUACCUGGCAUUGCCACAGAACCUGAUGAAGCUCAUAUCUCUGUCAUGGCUUCCCCCUUCACUCUGGCCCCGUCUACCACUGAUCAGUCCCUCACCUUUGAACCCGAAGUAAAGGUUGUAAAAACUGAGUUGAUGGACGUAUCAGCCAGUCAGAUGUCCUACGAAGUGAGGAACCUCAGGCCCUUCACAGAGUACUCGUUCCGUGUGUCGGCCUUCACUUCCGCUGGAGAGGGCCCUUCUGCUGAAAUCCUGGUCAAGACCAGAGAGCAGGUGCCCAGCUCUGUUCAGAGAGUCUCUUAUCAGAACAUAAGUUCCACUUCCAUCCUGGUCUCAUGGGAGCCUCCUCUCAGCCCCAACGGAGAGAUCACCCAUUACACUGUGUACGGCCUGGACCUGGGCACCAAUAAGGCCUUCCAGAAAGUCACGGACAGCACCAGCAUCGUCCUGUCAGAACUGAAGAAGCACGGCAGUUACAAGCUCCGAGUGGCCGCCUCCACCUCUGUGGGAGAGAGUCCUCUGUCUGAGGAGGACGAUGUUUUCGCCAUCACUCUGGAAGACGAGCCUGACUCUCCUCCAGUGAACCUGACUGCCUUUAACAUCACUUCCCACUCUGCUACCAUCACAUGGUCCCCCCCAGAGACACCCAAUGGGGUAAUCCAAGUUUACGAAGUAGUGUAUGAAUACUCAGUGAUGAGAGCAGCAGUCAACAGUUCAACCCCAAGCGUGAUGCUUCUGGAUUUGAAUCCAUACACAUUGUACGAUGUGUCUGUGAGAGCCUACACAAAGUAUGGACAUGGAAAUCAGAUGUCCGUGGUGCUGAAGAUACUGACCAGUGAAGACGUCCCUGGGAGCCCACCCUUCAACCUGACAUGUGACAGCGUUGGACCUAGUGAGGUGUCAAUCUCAUGGCAGCCCCCACUGCAGGCCAACGGCAUCAUCUGCUUUUACACAGUGGACUAUUGGAACUCCACCCACCAGCUGAGCCUCAAUACCACAACCACGUCAGCCCGCCUCGAGAGCCUCCACAGUUACACCCUGUACAGUGUAGCGGUCCAGGCCAGCACAAGCCUGGGCACUGGCAGCCAGACCAGCGAGGUCCUCAACUUCACCACCCUGGAAGAUGUGCCAGGUGGACCCGUCCUUAAUCUGAUGAUCCUUAACUUUUCCGCCACGGCUCUCCUGGUUUCUUGGGACCCCCCGGUGGAACCCAACGGCAGGGUUUUCUACCUCCUCAGCCUGCAGGAGGAGCCAGAAAGUGGCAUUGCAGGCACCAUUGUGUCCAACAAAACCACUGAUGAAACGGUGUUCCUCUUCACGGGGCUGCGCAAGUACACUGCCUACAGGCUGAGCGUGACCGCCACCACCCACGUGGGCCACUCGGAGAACAGCACUACACUCCUGGAGCUGAGAACGGAUGACGACUUACCUGGAUUUCCCCCUAUGGUAAACUCCAGUUGGAACAUCACCUCCUCCUCUAUACACCUGUCCUGGCUUCCCCCAAAGGAGCCCAACGGGCUGAUCACAGGCUACACUGUGGUGCUGAAGGGACCAUCCAGUUCCACCACAACCAGCACCACCAAUACCAGUCUGACACUAGCUGACCUGGUGCCCUACACUGCCUACAAUGUUUCCAUCGCCGCAGUCAACCGCCGGGGUGUGGGCCCUUUCCUCGUGGUUUGCUUGCAGACUGACGAAGCAGAGCCAGCCUCCCCUCCCAGGAACCUGGGCAUUCUCAACCAUACAGCCAACUCCCUAUGGCUGUCAUGGGAGCCCAGCCAGGAGCCCAAUGGGGUGGUGCUGUUCUACGGCUUCAGAAUCCAGGAGCUCCUCAGACACACCAUCACUUAUCAGAAUUCAUCUGGAGCUGUCACUAAGACUCAGCUCGCUGGCUUCAGACCACACAGUGUGUACCAAAUUGCUGUCAGCGCAUUCACAAAAAGAGGCAACGGAGAUCAGUACAGUGACCCUGUCACCUUUAUAACUAAUGAAACAGCUCCGGAUGUGUUGGGAAAUUUUUCCUGCUUAGGGUGGAGUUGGGACUCUGUAUUUCUGGAAUGGGAGGCCCCUGUCCACCCCAAUGGCAUCAUCACACAUUUCCUGCUCCAGUUUGGUGACAGUGAAGAGGAGCUCAGUUCAUCCACUUUCCAUCACACUAUCAGUGGCCUGCAGCCCCUCACAGAGUACACCUUCCGCUUGAGGGCAGUCAACUCUGCUGGGCUGGGGGCACACAUGUCCUGCACCGCAAGAACACAUCCAGAGUCAGUCCCUGGACCCCCUAGGUAUGUGAACGUGACCAUGGUACAGCCCACCACCGUGACUGUGACCUGGGCUCCACCAGAGCACAUCCCAGGAAUUCUCCAGGAAUACCGCGUCCUGGUCCAGCGGCUGUCACUCACUUGCCACGACUGGGUCUUUGAAGGCUGCGUGGAAAGUGAGAAGCACUUUUACUUCCAUGUGACAGGAAACAUUCAGGAGAUCACCCUUCACCCCUUGGCCAAGUACAGACGCUACCGGCUCAGGAUCUCUGCCCGGACCGCCGCUGGCUAUGGGAACUACUCACAGUGGAUCUACAUAGACACACCUCCAGGAAAUCCCGAUGCCCCUCCUUAUGCCGUCUCUGCUACCGCUUCUUCUAGUAGCAUCAAAGUCCAGUGGAAGGCCCCCAUGGUGCUGUCAGGUCCUACAUCCUAUCUUGUUGACAUCACCUCGGUGAGUGGUAUGCAUUUUAACCUGACCAUGGUAAGAAGGCAUGAUGAAGCAAUGGAGGUCAAUGUGACCAGCCUUAUGGCCUUCACGUGGUACUCCAUCAUUGUGACAGCCUUCGUAGGAGAUGUUAAUGAUGCCAGGCUAAAUGGAAAAUCCAGCGACCCGGUCUACAUCAGGACCCUGGAAGACGAGCCAAAAGACCCCCCAAAAAAUGUGAGCCUGCAGGUGAUUCCAGAGGAUGUGACACGGGUGUAUGUGACCUUUUUCCCGCCCGAAGAGCACAACGGCAACAUCACCUCUUACAGGGCUCAGAUCUACAAAGAGGGCCAGCUGGACUUUGAGGUCCCUACCCUGUGGGUUGUGGAGAAUGAGAACCGCACCGUGACAGCAGUCAUUGAGGGCCUAAAGGGAGGCCGCAGAUACAGCAUAAGGAUAGCUGCAGUAAACAGACUGGGUCCAGGACCCAGCACGGAAGUUCAGCUCACGACGGGAAUUACAGCACCGCCAAAGCCCACCAGAACGCCUGUACCUGUGGUCGACAACACAGGAGCAGUGGUGGCCACCGCCACAACCAUCACGGUCCAGAAGCCCACAUGCUUCUUCUCUGAUGUCCACGGGCCCAUAGAGAAAGUGCAAGUCAUUGUGGCAGAAGCAGGAGUAAUGGACGACAGCAACGUGACCAACUGGAAGAGCGCGUUUGGCUCCAAAGCUGCGCCGUACAUAACGGACGAGGGUUUCCCAAACCCUAUCUGCUCUGACAAGCGCAAUAAUCUCCCAAACAUUUAUACCAUUGGGACCGCAGAUGACUGCAUGGACCCGUCAAAAGAGGAGGCGCUUUGCAAUGGACCUCUGAAACCACAGACCCUCUAUGUGUUUAAGUUUCGUGCCACGAAUAUCCAAGGGCAGUACACAGAUUCAGAGUAUUCUGACUACGUGAAAACUGCAGGUGUUGGUCAGCUGAAUCGGGAUGAACAAAUUAUCCUGGGGGUGCUCUUGUCAUUUUUUCUUGCCGUCAUCCUUGUCAUCGUGAUCUACAUGUCUGUACGGAUCCAUCACAAGAGAAAGGAGGGUGGGACUUAUUCCCCAAGAGAGGCAGAGAUCAUUGACACAAAGUUCAAGCUGGACCAGCUGGUAACAGCAGCUGACCUGGAACAGAAGGAGGAGAAGCUGAGCCAGCUUCUCAGUUAUCGAAAGCCCCUGAAGCCCAUUCCCAAGAAAGCCUUCGCGCAACACGUGGAGGAGCUGUGUGCCAACCACAACUCCAAGUUCCUGCAGGAGUUCUCGGAGCUUCCCAAGCUUCUGCAGGACCUGUCUACUUCAGAUGCGGAUCUGCCAUGGAACAAGUCUAAGAACCGCUUCACCAACAUCAAGCCGUACAACAACAAUCGGGUGAAGCUGCUCUCGGAGCCAGGAGUGCCGGGGUCGGACUACAUCAACGCCAGCUUUGUCUCGGGCUACCUGUGUCCCAACGAGUUCAUUGCCACCCAGGGCCCGCUGCCCAGCACGGUAGCUGACUUCUGGAGGAUGAUAUGGGAGACACGGACGCGCAUCAUCGUUAUGCUGACCAAGUGCUUUGAAAGCGGCAGGAUCCGCUGUCACCAGUACUGGCCCGAGGACGACAAACCCAUCUCUGUAUUCGGCGACAUCAUCAUCACCAAGCUAACAGAGGACGUGCUUCCUGACUGGACCGUGAGGGUCCUCAAGGUGGAAAGGUACAAUGACUACAUGCUCGUGAACCACUUCAACUUCACGUCGUGGCCGGAUCACGGCGUGCCGCAGUGCAGCACCGGCCUGAUCCAGUUUGUGAAGGCCGUCCGGACCAACCGAGGCCACAACAGCACUACAGUCGUGGUGCACUGCAGUGCGGGCGUGGGCCGGACGGGGGUCUUCAUCGCUCUGGACCGCUUGAUUCAGCAUGCAAACGACCAUGACUUUGUGGACCUGCAUGGCUUGGUGGCAGAGCUGCGGGCUGAAAGGAUGUGCAUGGUGCAGAAUCUGGCACAGUACAUGUUUCUGCAUCAGAGCAUGAUGGAGCUGCUCUCCAGUAAAGGGGUCAGCCAGUCCAUCUGGUUUGUCAAUUAUUCAGCUCUUCACAGGAGGGACUCCUUGGAUGCUAUGGAAGGCGAUGUGGAGCUGGAAUGGGAGGAAACGACAAUGUAACUGUCAUUAUUUUCACCAGUGUGCUUUGACUGCGCCUUCAGUGCCUUCAGUGACUCGACUGAGACUACACAACCCCAACAUCCGCCUGGGCGCAGGGGCCAAAUCUCCAUAAAUAGGGCUUCUUCUUUCCUUCUGUGCUGUUGCCUUGACCCUCCUGCCCCCAGUCAUUUUGUAAAAAAGGACAUCUUCUGCAGUCUCUGUUGAACAUAGGAAAGCGAUGGCAAAUUUCUUACACUUACGGUUGCGUCUGUAUUCCAUAUGUCUGUGUUUUUGUACUGUUGUGUUGUUUUUGUAAUAUAAAUUAAGCCAAACUUUCAAGAUGUUGAUCUGUCCGCGAAUGUGUUUUUCCACUCUGUGUGUCUUUUUAAUAAAUCUCCAUCAUUUGGGUUUCACUUUAAAGGGACGUUUGCUCUCAACCUGUUGUCACACUGCACUUCCCGUCAAUUCUCUGUGGUGGUGGAUCCCACACAUUACAUCUGUGAGUUUGGUAUCCCAUGAUCCCCACCCCCAAGCACCCCCCGG